AUGACAACCCCUUCGCCGACCCUUCGGUUUCUGCGGCCCUCACCUCCGCCGCCACCGCCGCAGGCACCUUCGGCGCCGGGGAUCGGUGGCGGGUUGCCGCAGCAAGCUGCUGCUGCACCGACGGCAGCCGAGCUGGAGCGGCAAGCAAAGGUGCCGCAGCUCAUGAUCUACAUGCGCGUGGCGAACAUCGCGCUUUGUGGUAUACUCGCGGCGACCGCUGUCUUGAAGCUGAUUGGUGCAGGGGUGGACGUGGCGGGCGCGGUCCUGGCGUGCUACCUUUGCGCGUUCUCGUGCAUCCUCUGCUGCUUCGAGACUCACCUGAAGGUCGUGGCGAAGACUAUCGCAGCCAACUUCGGUUUCCUGUACAAUGCUAAGGGGCGGGCGGUCUUCCUCAUCUUCGUGGGAGUCUUGUGCUUCAGCUUGAAUUCCGACAUCGCGUUUGUGGCCGGCGCGCUGAUGAUGGUAAACGCCGUCUUCAACUUCUAUGUAAUCUUCAAGUACCCGGAGUUCGAGCGGGACCUCCAGCGGAAAGACUUGGAAUCAGAGGGAAGAGACUACCUUCGGGCGAACCGCGGAGCCCUCGCGCAGGCCGGGGUCGAGUUCGCACGCAACAACCCGGAUCUUGCCCGCAAGGGGGCUCAGGCAGCAGCCUCAACCUACGUCUGAGUCUAACCCUCACAGCAAGAACAAUGACGGUCCCGAUGCGGCCCAGGAAAUGUCGGGGGCUUGGGGAAGGGAGGCGUUGCUACCGGCCAUAUCUAUCGUGCUCCGGAAUACUGUAAUGUCGUUAGUGCUGUAGUGCUGUUUGCUAUGUACGCUGGAGGAUGUGCCCCCCCCCUCCUCCCCCUUUUUAUUUGAUGCUGCUCGGCGUCCGCUCACCGAAGUCGCCUUUCUGGGGUCCCCAUAUAUAUUUUUGGCCACCUCCGGCUGCUGCUACUGGUGUAUCGUGCUGCUGUGGUUAGGUUCUCUGGAUAUUGUGUAGUUAAUCCUUUUUUCGAUGAACAAUAAGGCGUGAGCGAUUCGCGCUCACGCCCUCGUACCGCCCGUAUUUCUUGAAAUCUAUCGUGCGACGGGUGGGGGGAGGGUGCAAGAGGUGAACGGGUUUGUGGCGAACGAGCGGGUGGGAUACACAGGCAGCUAGCUGUAGCUGUAGCUGUAGCUGUAGGCGUGUUGUUUUUCUGCCCCUCCCCUAGUUCACGUUUCUUGUUACACGGAAAGAAAGAUGAAAACGAUUACUGGUACUUUUGCCUGCAUGAGGGAAGAGAGACGGGACUCCUUGCUGCUCCCUCUAGGACAGCGGUCAAGCAGCAGCAGCAGCAGCAGCCACACACUUAUAGUCGGUGAACACUGAGCGAGAGCGAGCGGUUCUGCGGGGGAGGAGUCGAUUUGGUUGUCUGUGUACAAAGAGUUUUGGCUUCCUCAUUUUGACCUGGACGGAAUUAGAAAACGUAAGUAGUAGAGAGAUGGCACGAAAUGGGGGGUUGGGGGGGCGGGGGGGGCUUGCGCGAGCUGCCGAUUCCGACGGCGUAGCGCUCCAUGGCCACCUUACAGACCGAGGAUGAAAAUGAAGUCGUUCAUAUG